CCCCGCCCUCCAGAAAUGGGCGGGGAAUGGGCUCAGGUAAAGAGCGCGGCAGUCCGGCCAGUCGCUCGCCUGAGGCAAACGGCGGCGGCAGCAGCAGCAGCAGCAGCAGCAGCAGCAGCAGCAGCAGCAGCGUUGUUGUCCCCCCCGCGUCGUCUCUUUCUCCGUGGUGCGGCGGGUCUCCUCUGAGGCGAUGUGGCGGCAUUCCUCGUGGGCCUUCUUCGCGCUGCUCCUGGCCGGUGGCGGCGGCGGCGGCCCCGGCAGCCUCCGCCACGGGGCUUCUGCCCAGUCGGUGUGGACGGCGUGGCUGAACGUGUCGUGGAGGAUGCCCGGCAGCAACGAGAGCUACUGGAACGUGGGCGAGAGCGGCAUCUACGGGCAGGACUCCCCCCUGCGCCGGGCGGCCGGGCUGGUGGUGGCCCCCGAAGGGCCCGGGGCGGCCAACGCCUGCAGCCUGCUCACCAACUUCAGCAGCCCGCCGCCGCCCACCCCGUGGGUCGCGCUCAUCCAGCGCGGCGGCUGCACCUUCGCCGAGAAGAUUGCCGUGGCCGCCGCCAGGGAGGCCUCCGCCGCCGUCAUCUACAACUACGCUGGUGGCUCCGGGAACGACGUCCACCCCAUGACCCACCCGGGUGAGGAAAACGGGGGGUGGGUAGGUGGGGGGGGGGCGGAGGGAGGGAGCCGGACAGUUUCCGGGAUGCGCCCCUCGCUUGGGCAUCUCUGAGUCCCUCUGAGUCGAGAUUGAAAACCUGGUUGUUGUUUUUUUUUUUUAAUGCAUUGUAUUGUAUUGCACAGAGUUGCGGGAGAGGGAACCCCGAGGGUCAUCUAGUCCAGCCCGCAAGAAUAAGCCCGCUGCCCCCAUAAGGGGAUGGAAAGUGCCACCUUGGCGUCCGUCAGCACCGCCCUCUAACCAACAGAACUACCCUGAGAGAUAGAGAUAUGACUGCGUGUUUGUGUGUAGAUAUGCAGCUUGUUUAACGCGUUUAUAUAACACCUUUAUAUGUCGGGGGAGGUGGGUGGGGGGCUCCCUGGGGGUGGGUGUCGGAGGGAGGGAGGGAGGGAGCCGGACAGUUUCUGGGACGUGCCCCUCACUUGGGCAUCGGGUCCCUCUGAGUCGAGAUUGAAAACCUGGCUUUAAAAAAAAUAAAAUGCAUUGUAUUGUAUAGCACAGAAUUGGUGGAGUUUGGGGAGAGGGAUCCCCCGAGGGUCAUCUAGUCCAGCCCGCAAGAAUAAGCCUGCUGCCCCCAUUAGGGGGUGGAAAAUGCCACCUUGGCGUUCGUCAGCACCGCGCUCUAACCAACAGAGCUACCCUGGGAGAUAUAGAUACGAUUGCGUGUUUGUGUAGAUAUGCAGCUUGUUUAAUGCAUUUAUAUAACACCUUUAUAUUCCGAGAGAGGGUCGGGGGAGGUGGGGGGGGAACAUGGCUCUCCUCCUCCCCGUUUCAUCCUUAAUGACAACCCUGGGAGGUAGACUAAGAGAUGGGAACUGGCCCAGAGUGAGCUUCAGAGGGUGUCAGAAGGGACACCGAGGGUCAUCUAGCCUAACCCCUUGCAGUGCAGGAAUCUUUCAUAUGAAGAGUCUCCUGCUCUGCUUGACUCAGAAGAUAUGAUCCAUCUUCUUUUUCUGUGUUUGAACACCCAAGUAGAAAGAAGCAUUUCCUAGUUUCUCUUCUUUUUGCUUAGGUAUUCUACAACCUCUUUGUGGUGUUGGCUGUUUUCACUUGCCAUAAUCAGAUAAGAAAAUUGCUCAUUUUUGCGCUUGGUGUACAUGCCCUUGUCUGAUGCGUGGUUGCUUUGUAAAGUGUGUCUUAUUUGGGCCUUGCAUAUAUCUGUGGGUCCUUAAUGUAUUGUUUCCAUCUUAGGAUACAUACAAUUGCCUCCUCAAUACCUUUCUGCUGUCCUAUAUGAAAUUUAUAUCUUGCUUUUUAGCCGAGAUUAGCUCUCAGGGCUGCUUUUAGUUAAAAUCUGUUGGAAGGUGUGAUAUGAGGGAAAAGGCAGAGAAGGGGGUAUUGUAUUCUUGUGGACCAUGGCAGUUGGUGACAUCAUAGUCCAAGUCUCUAGAGAAAGGUGCAGCAAGAGGGUUAAAGGGACCACUGAUGUUGAAGAUGGCAACCCACAGAAGUAUUUCUCCAAUUCGGCUGCAGAGACUUUUGUCCUUGGCUAUUGAAAAUUGAGGGCAGACGUACACCACACACUUGAACCACAUGACUUUCCCCAAAGAAUCCAGGGAACUGUAGCUUCCCCCUAAUACAUUCCUAGCACCCGUAAGAAGCUGCAGUUCCCAGGACUCUUUGGGCAAAGUUGUGGGUUUUAAGUGUGCAAUGGAUGUGCUAUCUUAAGAAGUGGAUAGUUUCUAGGCUUUCUCCUCCAGAGGCAGAAGUUGCUGUAAAACAGCUCCAGGAGUUGCUUGACUAUUAAAGAUGCUAGUCCACAGGAUCAGACUGUCUACUGCAAAGGCUUCUUGACCAUGGCUGUUGCUAUAUUACUCUUGUGAAUCACUCCACUUAACUCCUUCCUCCACCUGGUGGGGGAAGCACCACCAGGUUCUCACUGUGAUCACAUGCAUACAUAGAAGUGUCCCAGUAAGUUGCGUGGAGCACACCACCUAGCAUCUAGGUUUAGACUCUAGUCAUAAAUACAGUGGUACCUCGGGUUAAGUACUUAAUUCGUUCCGGAGGUCCGUUCUUAACCUGAAACUGUUCUUAACCUGAAGCACCACUUUAGCUAAUGGGGCCUCCUGCUGCUGCCGCGCCGCCAGAGCCCGAUUUCUGUUCUUAUCCUGAAGCAAAGUUCUUAACCUGAAGCACUAUUUCUGGGUUUGUGGAGUGUGUAACCUGAAGCGUAUGUAACCCGAGGUACCACAGUACACUUUGCAAGUAACUAAUUAAAUGUUGGAAGAUUCAGGGCGGACAAAAGGAAAUCCUUUUAAUCCUGGAACUCGCUCCCUCAAAAAGUAGUGAUGGCUUCCAACUUGAAUGGCUUUAAAAGAGGUGGGCCAUUGUGAGAAUAGGGUGAUGGACUUGGUGGACUAGUGGCCUGAUCUAGCAGACUCUUAUGUUCUUUGGUACUUCUAGUAGGCAGAAGAUCCCAAGAACAAUUUGGGCAGCUCCUGAGGUUAUAAUUCCUGGAAAAAACCUAGAGCACACGCUAUCUUCAAAAGUACUAAUGCUGUUCCUCCAUUGUCCACACUACUUCACUUCAGCUAGCACAAAAUUAUAUUCUGCAUAGCAUAUAGAUCCAAAAUGCAGGUAUCUUAACUCUGGAGAUACUCUCCCAAGUUUUGGUUCCUACUGAACUCAACUCACCAUCCUGAAUAAAGCAAUUGUCUUGCCACUAUAUACAAGUUGAAAGUACUCCAAAGCAGUUGCAAAAGGGCAGCAAACAAUUCCUUGCUUUAUUGCUUGCAGUGAGUAAAAGCUAUCUAAGAAGCUUCUGUAUCAUUUAUUUGUUUAGGCAAUUUAUAUACUGCAUCAUAUGUUAGUGAAAUCUGCAAAUAGUUUGUGAUAUCCUAAAAAUAUAUUAACAGAUACAAAAAAGAUAGUAGAAAUUUAAAUCGUCAUUUUGGAGCUGCACAGAUAAAAAUUGGAUAAGAUAUCCUCUGAAACCAGGCAUGUGUAAAGUCUGUUUUGGGGGCCUAAUCCGGCCUGACAGUCGGUUUAAUCCGGCCCCUGUGGCAGUUUAUUUCCUGGAGUUAAAUCCUAAAAAAUCCCCUCAACAACUUCAAUCCUAAAAAAAUCUCAACAACUUUGAUAAAAUAAUAAAAAAAAGCUCAACAUCUUCAAUUCUAAAAAAAAGGUUAACAAGUUUGGUCGGCCCUUUGGUUCUUUGGUUGGCCCUCACGGCCCUUCACUUCAUCAAAUCUGGCCCUCUUUGAAAAAAGUUUGGACACCACUGUACAUUCUGAUGAUUGUACUGGCCACUAAUGAUCCUGUCUUAGUAUCUUAACUGUUUGCCAGAUGAAGAAAAUUUAAAGCCUGAAAGGUGCUCUGCACAUGUUCAAGGGCAUUCAGUGCAAGGUGAGAGUUCUUGUAAGUAAAAUAGGUUCACAUUGGCUGUGAUUGAAAUUCUACACAAUGUGCUUCUACUUAAAGCAUAGGAGCCCUUCCAGAAAAUAUGUGGUAACCCUUGUUGCUCAUGUGUCAUAUGCAAUAUUAAUGUUGUAGUAAAUCAUGAUUCUAGCCCAUGUUUGCAUGUGAAGCGUGUGAGAGAUGGUAGUAACUUGGGCAUGACCCUGGUAUCACCUGCACCACGUCUACAAGGCAACUCAACCUUUAGUACUCUGUUUUAAUCAAGUUGCAAUGGCUUAUCUCAUUUGUAUGCUAACAUUGCAAAUAUGGAUUACAAUAAUUUGCAUUUAUGCAGUGCAUUUUAAUUAUAUGCAGCGCUCUUCAUAGAUUUUCACUGACAAGCUCUGGAAGGAUUUCAUCACUUGUUUGAACAAGGAAAAUAAUUCUAAUUUUCUAGUUCUUUGGAUUGCCUUGUAUAUUGGUAGGAAUGAUUAGGAAUCACAGAAGUAUGAACAUUCUGACCAUCCUUCCUUCUGAGUUUGCUAAGCUAGUGUGCUAAUGCCAUGCUGUUGCCUCACGUUUUUCUGUGAAUAAGUUAGUUGUCUUAGUUACAUGCUUACUGUGCUGCUAUUUGUUGCAGUGACGGGGAUAUGCAUAAAAGCAAUAUACGAACAAUUUCCACUUAAGAAUUCCAGGGACACCAAUAGUCUUGCGUAGUAAUGUUUUCCUUUGAGAAAAGAAAGCAACACACUUGGCCUCACUUCCCUCUGUAGCAUGUCCCUCACGGCUAUGAAACAAUACUGAAAAGAUGCCUAUUAUCUUCUGGGAGUUAUUAAACAUGCACUGAUUUAUUUAUUUAUUUAGUGUUUCCAUGUUAUCAUUGUGGAGGGGCAUUAAAACAUAUGUGCCAUGGGAUUAUUGUACUCUAGUUAACAUGAACCUCGAAUGUGGGUGGAGCUUACAAAUGUGGGUAAUUGAUGUGGCUUUUAGUGGACUAAAAAAAAAAUCUUUUGCGUUUGCUGCUGCAUGCCUUUGACGUCUCUGCACCCCCCGCUGCCGCCUGCUCCUUGCGAACUGAAUAAACCAGAUCCCCUAAUGUAGUACAAGUGCUUCAGCUAAUGAAUAGCUAGUCAGAAAAUCAGUUUCCCUUGAUAUCAUUUAGAGGGCCUGCAUAGUACAAGAAAUUGAUUGGCUGUACAGAUGCCAAAUAAAUUGAUUGGCUUUGGCUGAGACAAAAAGUCAUCGUAGGGCAGAACACUUAAAUUGCCUUGAAAGGAGAACGUAAUUGAUUGUAUUGUGUGUUAAUGCUACGGUACUUAAACUGCUUUCAUCUAUCCUAGACUCUGAUCCAUGUGUGUGGGUGCAGGCCCCAACCCUAUCCACUUGUGGGAGUAAGCUCCACUGAAUACAACAGGGGCACUUCUGAAUAAAACAUACAUAGAAUUGAUCUAUAAAGCCACUGAGAUUUCAGAUUGAGUUCUGGAGGUUUAUGGGGUUCAUUUGAAGCAUUUCUCCCUGAAAAGAUCAGAAGUGGCAGGCAGCCUUCCUUGAAAGGGCCACUCCAGGGCAAAGCCAAAUGCUUUUUUCUUAUCUUAUCAAAUGUACUUUGACAUGCAAUUAAACCAAGAUAAGCAUCAAAUAUCAAUCCACUGUAUCUUAGAGUUGAUGAGGAGGAGUGGGGACUAUGGCAGAGAACUCUCCUGCGUCUCCUGAAUUGAAGGGACCAUAGCAAGCCUUCUCCUAAUGCUAAAGAGAUUGAGCAUGCACAGAAAAAUACUGUUUCUGAAGCAUGCAGGACUUGGGCUAUUUAGAAUGACUCUGAGUGUGGUACCAUCAUAACAAUUCUGAGGAAACAUUUGCAUCCUCUCCUAUAAAACGAUGCUACACUGUUGAAAUGGAAUCUUGAACAUUGGGAAAGGCCAGUGGAUAGUCAAUGAACUAAGGGGGGAUAGCCAGAAGGGAAGAAUUGAGGCUAAUGAUGGAGGCAUGGGGUUUUUAGGGGUUUUUGAAUGCUUUAUGUCAUUUUUAUGUAGUUUUAUGCAGUUUUUCAAUUUCAUUGUCCUGCAUGGGACAGUGACAAUAAAGAUAUCGUAUUGUAUCGAAAAGUGAAGCAGCAGGGAAUCUCUGAAGAAACUGCAUCAUUCUUAAGGUCAGGAAUGGCUGUAUGCUAUUAUGGGGAGGAGGGGCAAAGGAGUGCUAAGAAACCUGGUCAAGGGGCAAGUGAGUAAAGGAAUGGGGCCAAGGAAGCAGGAGCCUGAAAAGCAGUGUUGAGAGAUUGUUUGUAGUUAUUGAGCUGAAGAAAAGAAGGACCAGAGCAGGGUCCCACAAACCCUGCCAGAUCAUAGCAUUGUAGAGGCAAAACCAAACUACCGUAUUUUUCGCUCUAUAGGACGCACUUUUCCCCCUCCAAAAAUUAAGGGGAAAUGUGGUGUGCGUCCUAUAGAGCAAAUGCAGGCUGCGCGGCUAAGCCCAAAGCCAGAACAGGGAGACGGAGCGCUGCGGAACGCUCCAUCUCGCUCUUCUAGCUUGGGGUUAGCUGUGCAAAGCCUCUGCAUGGCAGAGGCGCAAAGCCUCUGCAGGCCUUCAUCCCGCUGCCCUGCAGAGGCUAGAAAGGCUGUCCCCAAAGCCAGAACAGCGAGACGGAGCGCUCCGUCUUGCUGUUCUAGCUUGGGGAUGGCUGCGCAAAGCCUCCGCAGGGCAGCGGGGUGCCUCCACCCCGCUGCCCUCCGGAGACUACAAAAGCUGUCCUGGAAGCCUCAAGCCUUUGGAGUGCAGCGGGCCAUGUCAGUCCCUUCUCCCUCCUGGUCGAAAAGCUCGCAGGAGCCGUGCACUCCUUAAAGGGUGCGUGGCUCCUGUGGGCUUUUGUGGGAGAUGGGGGAAUUCCCCCACCUCCCGCAAAAGCAGGGAAAAGUUCUGGGAGGAGUGCACAGGCUGCGCGUAGCCUGUCCGCUGCUCCCAGAGAUGGGGGGGGGGUCAUAUUUUUUUCCUUGAUUUCCCCCUCUGAAAACUAGGUGCACCCUAUGGUCAGGUGCGCCCUAUGGAUCGAAAAAUACGGUAGGUUCCAGAUAGAGAGGUAACAUGCAGACUCCUUGUUAAUGGUGUUGCAUACUGCUGCCCGGGAGGUGUUGCAUACUGCCACUCCUCCCAUGUCAGGAGAGGAGUUGCUUGUGCUGCAAAACUCAGCAGGUAACUUCUAGUGCCUCUCAAUUUAUAAACCACAUUGAGCUAACAAAAUCAACCAUAAUACGAAAAUGAAAUUAAGGAGAAAUGUGUUUCAUUUGCCUAGGUCACAAUGUGAACCUUUGAAUUCUGCAGACUUUUCAGCAAGCUUAUAUGCCAGUGUUGCUGGUGCCUGGUGGGCAACUGUGUUUUCAUUGCACGUCAGAUGUCUAAUGACUGUGGGAAAAUUACACAGGUUCCUAUUUGCAUUGGGGGUGGAGGAAGAGGCUAGCACUGGCUGAGCCAGCUGUUGGUGGCUCAAAGAUCAGGAGGCUAGUGUAUGGAUAGCCUAAAGGCAUUCUCAUGUGGGGGCGGAACUUGUUUCUCAGCUAAUGUACAUAGUCUUGCUGUGUCAACAGAAACUUGACGAUCGGGUCCCCCUUUAAGGUGGCAGCUACGCUAUAAACCUCUUUUGAGUCUGGGAUUUGUGUUAAGCAGGUUGUUGUCAAAGCACAAGGCAGAGUUUAUAGAGUUUAUAAAAUCCUGUGCGACUCUCAAGAGCAACUGUUUGCAGCACUUGCUACUGGGCUAAAUGGUGAAUAACUGGAUAUUCUUAGAAGGUAAGGUAGAAACCAAAGCAACUGCUUUCCUUUAGGAAUACAAAAAUUCAUUUUUGUCCAAGUUCCAUUAACUUUUAUUUUUCAGGGCCAGGGAAGGAAACUAACUAGCUUCUUAUUGCUUUGGGGAGCAAUGGGUGAAUUUGUCAAGGUAAGAUGCGGAAGAGGGAACACGGCAUUUCCUUAGUAGCCUGGUAGGCUAGGCUUUUCUCUUCCCCUACCCUGAUGGGCCAUGUAUGAUGGGUGGAGCUGCUCACUUGUCAGUCACCUGACAUUAUAAUGACACCGGACUACCUUUCUGCAUCACUUUGAACUGGACUUCUGAGGAUCAAGCUCCCCUCAAAGUGAUAUAUUGCCCUAUGAUUUGCAAACACUAUUGAUCAGCUGCAAACACUGUUUUAAACAAGCCCUGCAGUUACCUUCCCUACAUCUGAUGUCGUACAUGAUGUCUGAUUUAGAUCAGGUGGGUGUGGCCUGAUCAAAAUGGUCUCAUGGGGCAAAUGGGGAGGACUGGUUGGCCUAAUUAGGUUCCCCACCCCUCACUUAAUCAGUUGGAUAAUACAGUGGUUCCUCGGGUUACAGACACUUCAGGUUAGACUCUGCUAACCCAGAAAUAGUACCUCAGGUUAAGAACUUUGCUUCAGGAUGAGAACAGAAAUCGCACGGCGGCUGCAGCGGGAGGCCCCAUUAGCUAAAGUGGUACGUCAGGUUAAGAACAGUUUCAGGUUAAGAACGGACCUCCAGAAUGAAUUAAGAUCUUAACCCGAGGUACCACUGUAUUUAUUAUGGUUUUGAUAUCAGGAGGUGUUGACAUUUGAAGCAACAAUCUAUUCACAGAAUAGACCAGGGGUCUGCAACCUGCGGCUCUGGAGCCGCAUGUGGCUCUUUUACACCUUUGCCACGGCUCUGGGGUGGAUACUAGCGAGGGGAGGAGGCGCAUUGUGUGCCCCGACACUCCCCACUGUGGCGGGCGCUGUACUGGCUGUGACGGCGCAUGGGGGCGGUGUGUGCGUUAGUCAUGCACCAUCCCGUCGUCACCUUCCCGUCCGCUGUCAGAUCGCGGCUCCGGAGAUAUAUUUGUUUUAAAUGUCGCAAUGGUUUUGCGGCUCCCAGUUUUUUCUUCUUCGGAAACAGAUCCAAGUGGCUCUUUUUGUCUUAAAGGUUGCAGACCCCUGGAAUAGACUAUCAGUCCACAGUUAGAAAAUCACCAUCUUCUAAAUUGAAGGACAGUAGUCCCUCACCUUACACAGCAGUUUUGUUCUAAGGCAGUGUUCAAAAUUAGUCAGGUGGCUUUUUUGACCACUUUGGACCAGGUGAAAAUGCCUGAGCGCCAGGAUGGUGCCUCACACCUCCAUCAUCGGGAGGUGCAUGCCUGGUGAUCAUUGGAUAUGGACUGUUUUCACACACUAGUACCCCAUUCUGUAGAAUUCUAUCAGUUAUAGUUUAUCUGCACAAUUAGAAUGAAUUUCUGGAACCAAAAUGCUUUUUCUGUGCAGCAGGAACAGUCACUUUUAAGAAAAGGAGGUCAGAAAAAGCCAGUACCGUAUUUUUCGCCCCAUAGGACGUACCGGCCCAUAGGACGCACCUAGUUUUUUGGGGGGGAAAUAAAGGAAAAAAAUUUUUAUUUCCCCCCCAGGUGCGCUGUGCUAAGCCCGAAGCUUGGGGCGUGCAGAGCUCAGCACGCCCCAAGCUUCUGGGUGCUGGCAAGGUCUCCGCUAGCCGUGGGAGAGCUGGGUCUCCCAUGGCUAGCGGAUAGCUUCCUGAAGCCUGGAGAGCGAGGGGGGUCGGUGCGCACCGACCCUCGCUCUCCAGGCUUCAGCGAAAGCCUGCAUUCGCCCAUAGGACGCACACACUUUUCCCCUUCAUUUUUGGAGGGGAAAAAGUGCGUCUUAUAGAACGAAAAAUACGGUAUAUAUGUGGACUGUCACUGGAUCAAGUGACUUUUCUUUAAGUUCUCAAAGUUCUUAACCUAGCUCUGGGUUGUCAUAUGAACUAGUCAGAUGUUUAACUGAUAAUCAAUCAUAGCCAAUUCAUCAUUUGAUAAAUAAGACUUUAGAGCCAAAAACGGCAACUAGACAUUCCGUUUUGGCAACUGUAACCCUUGGUUUAAGGAGCCAUUUGGCGCCUGGAUUAUAUAUCUGAGUUUCUAACACUGUUCUAAGGGUUCCAUAUAUACAUGAAAAUAACAUAUAUUCAAACCCUUGGAGCCACCCCAUAGCUAGGGAGUGGGUGCGGGGAGGGAGACAUAGCAACCCUAAGCCUUCCAGAGCUAAAGAGCUAAACCCAAGUGAACCCAGAAGAAAAAGAACUUUUAAGUUCUCUGCAUUGUUUGGGAUUUGAGUUGUGCAAUAUCAACCAUAUAUGGGUCAAAUUGUGCCAGUAAAUUGAGGGGUUUAUAAUACAUAAAUUUGUUUAUAGUGGAGCAUCAGCAGCCUGCUGUAAUUUAGCAUUUCCUUUUUUCCUUCUUCCAAACCCUUCUUUAUAUGCCAAAGAGAGCUUUGCUACAAUGGGGUUUUGGAGCAAGCAGAAAAAGCAUGAAUCUUUCUCAAUGCUUCUUCCUGCUUCAAAGCCCAGGUCAGUAUCUCUAGAGUUCUGGGAGAUUUCUUGUGUCAUGCUCAGCAGGGGCCCUCACCCCAAGAAAGUUGGUAAGUGGAUAUAGCUACAUGCAGCACCCAUUUCAGAAGGAAUGUUGCUCAUUUCAGGCCAAAUGAAGUCAUAAUAAUGUAACUUGGCUUGCUAGCCUACUACAAUAGUUAGAUGAUCACUACAGUUUGUUUCGAGUAGAGUGUCUGGAAGCAGCAUAACUUGUCCAGCCUGAUACUUAAAAUCUCUAACAUAAAAAAAAAAAAAAUGCUAUUAAAUGUUGGCUGAUAAUGAUAAUACAUUUUUUUUCAGGGCAAGAUGCCCAGGAUUUAACAAAUUCAGAAUAAAUAUUUGCUUUGUGAACUUGUAAGGGCAGAAUCUUAUCACCUGCUUACUGAGGGAAGAUGGUACCUUUCUACGGCAGGUCUCCAAGUAUAUAACUAUGAUAAUUGCCCUUCUUGUGUAAUCUGUAUUGACCUUCAGAAGCAAGCUGUUGUAUUGGUAAGGAUUAAAAACAGUCCCACAGAACAAAGUGUGUUUUUUUCUAAGGCACUUUCCCCAUUAGCUAUAUUGCGUUCCUCAAAUAUGGAUUAUUGUACAAGACUUGAGCAUUUUGAUUAUAAUGAGCAGUAAAUGAUUACUCAUUUUAACCCCGGAAGUGAUGCCAUAUUGGUGUGAGAGAGAACAAAUUGGGUGGUUUGCAAAAAGCUGUGUGCAAAUUUCCCACAUUGCUCUAAAACUUUGCUUGAGAGCAGUUUCUUUCUAGACUUGGAUUGGGGAAAGAAGGGGAUGGGGGUCAAGCAUGCAGGCCACAGGUAGUCCACUCAUAUUCCCGACAUUGCAUCUACUUUGCCUAACGAUGUAUAAUUGGUUUUAAAACUGUUUUUGAAGUUAUAUUCAAAUUCAAAUCUUUAUUGCGGUCCAAAGACCCACAAAACAAUUUCAAAACUAGAUACAGUUAAAACGACCAGACAGACAGAUGGAAGAAACCAAGGCAGUCAUUUUGUUUUAUCUAGGGCAUAAUGAUCUUUGUUUCUUAUAACCUCAGAAAGAAACUUUGCCACGGCCAUUGUAAUACCAUUUGACCUGUCUUCCAAAAGAUAUUUAAUAUGGGAGGUUUCGGAUUUUCCGGGCAAAUUUGCCAGUAAGAGUUUGAUCAGUUGAUCCCUUGCUUGCUCAUAUUGCCCACAAUGCAGUAGGAUAUGCUUCAAGUUGUAUUUUGAAAUUGUUGUAACCCAUCCUGGGAUCUUAGGGUGAAGGGCGGUAAUAAAUUAAGAUGAGGAGAAGGGGGAUAAUAGUGGUGGCACAGUUGAAAUGGGUAUAACCAAAAUUACUUUGAGCUACAAAAUUAUGAGGUGAACAUUCCCCCCCCCCAUCAUGCCUAAUUGCUCUCUGUUCUUGUCUUCUCUUCAAAGAAAGCCUGUCUACCUUUAAGAGUUGAGUAUUUCCGGAAACUUAUAGCUUUUUAGCAAUUAAAUAAAUGGUUGUGAGGACUCAUUGUAGUGGUGAGGCAGGAAAAUUUUUUCCAGAGACCCUGGAAAGCUGCUACGAAAGUGGACACUAUGGGCAUGAAGUCUAACCUGGAAUAAGUCUGCUUCCUAUGUUCCUUCCAUACUGAAAUACAGCACAGAAUAUGCAUUUUCAGUGUACCAGAAAAUUUUCCUUGUGAGUUCAGGAUAAACCAAAUUCACUAUCAAAGGAUGCUCUGAAAGCCCAGUUGACUUUCAAGUGUUUUAACUUUCCUUUGCAUGAGUAUCCACAAAGCAGAUGGCUGACUACAGCUGGAGACUGGGAUAAAUGGAUUUUUAGCUUGCCCAUAUGUGAUAAUUCUGGGACGCGGGUGGUGCUGUGGGUAAAACCUCAGUGCCUAGGACCUGCCAAUCGUAUGGUCGGCGGUUUGAAUCCCCGCGGCAGGGUGAGCUCCCGUCUUCGGUCCCAGCUCCUGCCCACCUAGCAGUUCAAAAGCACAAUUAAGUGCAAGUAGAUAAAUAGGUACCGCUUUAUAGCGGGAAGAUAACAGCGUUUCCGUGUGCUGCUCUGGUGCUGGCUCGCCAGAGCAGCUUCGUCACGCUGGCCACGUGACCCGGAAGUGUCUCCGGACAGCGCUGGCCCCCGGCCUCUUAAGUGAGAUGGGCACACAACCCUAGAGUCGGACACAACUGGCCCGUACUGGCAGGGGUACCUUUACCUUUACUAAGUGAUAAUUCUAAUGUUCAACUUUGUUACAGAGCUUAUGAGUGUCCAGACUAACAGUUUAGAUAUUCCUCUGUGAUAAUCUGAUUUCAAUACUAGAGCUAAGAAACCAGGAUUUUAAUUUGAGUGGUGCUAUUAUCCUGACAGCCGACAUCUAUGCUAUGUAACUAUUCCUGUUAUAUUUUUAUGUAUACUGGGGCUCACCAAGAUUAGGCUAAAAAUCCAAAUAAAUCAAUACAAUUAUGUUCUGUAUUUGACAUUAAAUUAUUUAUAGAUACAUUUCUAAACCACUGUUCACCCCAAGCAAGGGCCCCAUUAAAGCAAGAUUUAUUUCUGAUAAACUUCCGGGAUUGGCCCUUUACUCUAAUUCACUUAAUUUUGAAUUAGGAGGCAAAAGUUUACCUUUAAAAUCAGAAAACCAAAAUAGUUGUUUCAGCUUAGCAACGAUGUGGUAAACAUCAGUUACUUGAUUAAAAUUGCUAUUGCUCAGCAGAGCUCUAGAAAUUAAUCUUCCUUCUUCUUUCUGGCAGGCACUGGGUUGUUGUUUUUUAAAAGCAGCUGCCUUGUACUCUAGAAUUAAAAUCUAGGGUUCCAUAAUGGGGCAGCUGCAGUGGCCAGCAGGAAAUGUAGAAGAUCCAAGCUAGAUAAUUCACGUAUGCAAUUUAGCUACGGUAACUGAAAUCACCUUGCUAUUCACAAUAACAGGGUAAGACCUUGUAACAUAAGAACUUGUAGCAUAUGGGCCCUCCGGAAGGAAGAUUCACUGAAAUUAAAAUGAAAGGUUUGGUUGAAGCAGCAAGGUUAUCUCUCCUCCAUCAUCUCCGUUUGGCAUUAGGGAACUAAGCCAGGAUUAAAAAACAACACUUUAGCUAGAAUUUUACUAACUAAACAACAUAUAACGUUACUGUAAAAGAUUAGGAAGGCAUAUUAAGUUUGCUAAGGCUUCCGGUGCUGCUUAUUUUAAUAUAAAAGGCUGGCACUCAGAUAGGUUUCAAGGAAUAAGACACAUACUUCUCUUGCGCUUCUUUCGCGCUGGAGCCGAUGCAUCCUGCUCAUCUUCAUCCGACCUAUAAAAACCAAGAGUAGAGUUGCCACUUAGGUCUUAUGAUCAGGGCCAAAGCAGACAUGACACCACCUCUUUUUUCUUAACUUCGAAGCAGCCGUGAUAGCAUGUUUGUGCUACUACAUUGAUAGGGCAACUGGCAUUAGGCGUAAAAGGUAAAGGUACCGCUGACCGUUAGGUCUAGUCGCGGACGACUCUGGGGUUGCGGCGCUCAUCUCGCUCUAUAGGCUGAGGGAGCCGGCAUUUGUCCGCAGACAGCUUCUGGGUCAUGUGGCCAGCAUGACUAAGCUGCUUCUGGCAAACUGGAGCAGCGCACGGAAACACCGUUUGUUUACUUAAUGGUUAAAUGAACCAUUUUUAUAAUUUGGUUUUGGCCAGAUAUCUGUUGAACAACUUCACACUGCUGCUGGGGGUUUGCAUGUCUGAAUGCUCCUUGGUUUAAAAAACACCCCAAAAACCUUCAAUUAGAAAGCUAACAUUUUGGAGCAGGCUCAUUUGCAUGACAUCGGGCUUUAUAUGUGCAAUAGUGUGCCAUCUGCCAUCUGAAGUAGCAAAGCCUAAAGUUUACCUCUGCAGUAUUCAGCAGAGACUGGCUACUCUACGUUUUUCAAAUAUGUACAGUAGCUGUAAUAAAAAAUGAUGAGGGUUGAUUCUCCUCUAACUUCUUGAGAGAAUUUACCAGAGAGGUUAGGUUAGAUUAUUCUGUGGUAUGUGAUAUGGGGUGGGUGAUUGGUUUUGAGUGAUGGGUGACAAAUGUUUGCUAAGGCUAUGAAAAAACUGUUCAAUGGCUUAAUUACUAGGAAUAUUUAGGUUUAAUGAUCAGCUGUUUAAUCUAGUUUCAACAAUGUCUAAGAAGAGGCACUGAGUGCUGUUAAAAUAGCGACCUGUGAAGUCAGAGCUGCUGGUAGUUCAAUAAAUAUGUGAUGGUGAUGGGAGCCAACUAUAUCGUUGUGCAUAUGGAACAACCUUUCAGUUUUUACUUCAAGGUGGUUAAAGCUGAGGUUUUCAACCUUUUUGAGUCCACGCCCCCCUUGACCAACUACAUUUUUUCUGUGGCACCCCUGUGGGGCUCAAGAGCCCAGUUAUGUCACCCCUUGCUUGCAGAACUGGCAGCCUCUCACCCUCCCUUGUAGAGUUCCCCCAGCCUCCUCUCCCCUCUCCUUGGGAGUCCUCCGGGCAGCCGCCGCUGCUGCCCCAAUCUCUGAGCUUCCUGCUCUCACCCCACCCCAAAGAGAAGUGCCUCCUCACACUGCCCCACAAGGGCCUGGGACUUGUCUGUCCAUUCCCAACAGCAAGGACUGGCUGGCUGGGUUCCCUUACCUGCUUGCUUGCUCCCCUUGGCCAGCCUGGGGAGUUUGUAGUCAGGGCUGCUGCAACAUCCACACAAGCCUUUGGGAGGCAGAGAUGCGAGAGGGCAUCAGAGGAGGGAGAGAAGGAAGGAAAGAGGGACAGAGGCCAGUGUUGCCCAUGGCACCCCUGAUCAUUAUUCAAGCUACCCCAGUGUGCCAGGAAACACUGGUUGAAAAUCACGGGGUUAAAGGAAUAAUUUGUGGUUCAGCUGGAUAGUUUUAAGACACUUUCAUAGCAAUGCAGACUCGUUGAAUCCAAAGUGAGUUGUGCAAGGUAUCACUUUUAGUCCCAAGCUCUUCUUAGGUAUACUGAAUGCAAUAAAGUCGUACCUUGGUUGCUGAACGCCUUGGAACUCACACAUUUCAGCUCCCGAACAAUCAAAAACCUGCAGCCAAUCAGAAGCCGCUCGUUGGUUUGCAAACUUUUUGGAAGUCAAACGGACUUCCGGAAUGGAUUCCAUUCGACUUCCAACGUAUGACUGUAUUUACAUCAGAUAAUAACGAUACCAUUUAAGCUGGAAGUACAAUGCAGUGCUACGAAAAUUAGUAUUUACUUGGAAGUUUAGGAGGUUAUAAGUGUGAAACGCACAUUUUGUAGUGGUAGCAUGGCCCCUUCUAAAAAUUAAGUGAGUACACCUAGGUAAGGCAUCAUAUAUAUAUUAUAUUUUAUUUUACUUAAAAAAAUUCUAUACAGUACCACUAUUCAUCCAAGGAUAACAGGGCAUUUUACAAAGGUGUCUUUGCAUGAUGCCUCUCAACAUUGUUUAAGAACUGUGCUGGUGUAGCUGCUUACUUGCCACAACACAGUACAGAGCUUGUGUCAGGGGGGCAAAGGUUCAAAAGGAGGAAAGUCUCAAGCAAGACUCUUGAACUUCUUGGUGUUGGCUCUUGAAUCUAUGGGCUGAAAGAUAUGGAGAUGAGUCUAGGAGCUUGCCUUGAAAUUUUACUGAAUUUCUUGGUUGAGCAAGUGUUGAUUGGCAGUCUUGUAUGCCCCCCUGGACUAGAGCAUGGGUAGGCAAACUAAGGCCCACGGGCCAGAUCAGGCCCAAUUACCUUCUGGAUCCAGCCCGCAGAUGGUCCGGGAAUCACUGUGUGGAUCGCCAGUGCAUGCGUUCUUUCCCUCUCCCUCACAUGGUGGCGGCGGCACCUCCUCCCUUCAUCCUCCUGGCUUCUCCCUGCCCUGCAUAGACGAUGGAGGGGGCUGGGCUUUGUUGGUGCCAGCAGCAGCAAGUGCUUGAGCGGCCGCCAUUUUAAGCAGCCCCUCUCUGGAGCCCUUUCGUGCUCUGCUCAUCGUCCCUCCGCCGCCAGCCAGCCCCUGAUGCUCGCAAGACACAGGUAAGCAGCCACCGGGGCUUGUGGUGCUCUUGCAUCAUUUCCCCCUCCCAAAAAUAUAGUCUGUCCCCCCAAAGGUCUGAGGGACAGUGGACUGGCCCCCUGCUGAAAAGGUUUGCUGACCCCUGCCCUAGAGCGCUGAAGUGCCUGGGUGGGAAAGGGUGCUUAUCCUGACUCUUUCUGUGUACCUCUCCCCUGCUGCCAAUUUCAAACAUUUUUGCUGCAAAGAGUUGGAAAUGGCUAAAAGAAGGGGCUUGCAAGGGGGAAUGGUUGCUCUUCUGCUGCAAAUUAUUUCCUCCCUACUGCUUUACAGCUGUUCAGUGAGAAAAUGAGUUUCUGGAAUUGCUUCCCAGCUACGUUCUGCUGUGAAGUGUUCAGGAACCCUAAGUGGCAAGUUUCCCCCCAAAGAACUUCCUAUUAGAGUAGACUUGAUGCCUCCAGGUUUGUUCACCUUGUGCAAAUUGUUAACUGAAUAAUAGGUGAUUGUCUAAGUACAACUUGGAGCACCUUAUUUUUUGCUCUACAAGACGCACCAGACCAUAAGACGCAUCUAGUUUUUGGAGGAGGAAAACAAGAAAAAAAUAUUCUGAAUCCCAGAAGCCAGGACAGCAAGCGGGAUCGCAGCUCCACGAUCCUGCUUGCUGUCCUGGCUUCUGGGAUAGCCGUGCGCAGCGUCUCUCGGGCAGUGGCAUGAAUUCUUCCCCUGCCUGGGAGAGUCUGCGCGCGGCUAAGGCUUCCCCAAGAGCCGCACUCCCUUUAAAGAGCCGCGUGGAGCGUGUGUGGGGCUUUUCCCCGAGGAUGGAGAAGGGCUGCUCUUUAAAGAGAGCGCUGAGCAGAGCCUCCUGCCUGCAUUCGCUCCAUAAGACGCCAACACAUUUCCUCUUACUUUUUAGGAGGGGAAAGGUGCGUCUUAUAGAGCGAAAAAUACGGUAGGUCCAUUGCUUUCAAUGCGUCUGCUCAAAGUAUGACUACUAUUGAGCAUCAUCCAAUAUAGCGUACUUAGCAUUGGAACUGGAAAUAAGGGUGAGUCUAGAUUUUGUGCCCCUUCUUGAGCUAUCUUUCGUAUAUUAUCUUCUAAUGUAUGAAGUGCUCUAAAAUAUUCACCGUCAGUAAAGCCUGGGCAUAUCCACCCUUCAGAUGUCAGCCAAACAUUAUUAGACUUCUCCCAAAGCUACAAUUCUAGGAAUUACAGAAAGUUAUCUGAUACCUUAAAUGAUUGGGAUUUGAUUAAGUUCAGUAAACAAAACUAACCCUCCCCAACCUAUUUUACAUUUAUUCUGGGUUUUCCCCCCAAUAGCCAACCCCCACCCCACCCCCAAAAAACUAGCUAUAAGGUUUUAAGAUAAAAAUCAAGCCAGGCAGACUUUAUUGCUUAUAAGCAAAGGCCACCAUUCUUGAUGCGGUUUAAAUGUUACGUUUAAACAAAUGCAAAGUUUUACUGGGUUAGUAAGUAUUUUAAAACACAGCAACUCAACUUUCAGUAGCAUAUGUCUUACAUUGUUAAAAUUAGAGAGGGAAAAAUGCUGAAUUUUAAUAUAUUAAGCUUAGCUUUCCCCAGAAAAUAUGCAUUUAUAUUGUGUAGUAAAUUAUACCAUGCUUGUAGACUUCCAUGUGGAAAGAAAAGGUUAAAACUUGCAUAUUUGACUGGUAUUCACUCUGUUACUAGUUUUUUAUGAAACAAUGCAUUUUUAUAAAUCAUAUUUUUCCUUAGAAAAAUACAGCAGCAGAUGUUUGAGGUUUAAUAUAUGCUAACACUACAAAACUGGAUUUGAAAGAAUAAUUCAAAAAAGCCCUUUUUUUUCUUUAAUAAGAAACAACUCUUUUCCUUAAUAAGAAACUGAUCAGAGGUGAUGUUACAGACAAUUCUGCUUGCCGAAGAGAUUGGGGCAGACUUUUAUGUCAGAAUUAAAUGUUCGUAGCCAUGGCAAUGCUUAAGGGAAGCAUGCCUGACAAAGAUGAAUAUAUAAUCUCACAAAAGAGAUGGUGGUAGUCAAAGCAGGAAAAAGUAAUACUUGAGAACAGUAACACCUUGUUUGAAAGUAUUGGCAGCUUCCUGGCUGCUUGCUUUGCACUUGAGUGUUAAAGGCCUUAGAACAUAAAACUGUCCUAGAGCAAUGUUUCCAAAAGUGUACAGUAAUGCUUCUUUUUCCUUUUAAAAAGAGAGUCCGUGUCUAGAAAUGCACCUAUGAGUUCAUAUUGCCAGCUUGAGGGUACCAGAGCCUCCUAUUGGCAUGAGUUUACUGUGGCAUGUGUGCACACACACAAUAUGUUGACUAUUGGGCCUCAAUUGGACUCUGGGUCAUUUGUAAAUGCAUUGGUUUGUAAUUUGAUCUGAUCCUGGAAAGUAAUGGGAAACCUGAGUCAGCCAAGUAGUUUCUGUGCACUUGUGGGAUUGAACAAACUACUUUGCUGGUGUAUUGUUUAGAUCAUCCAUUGCUGAAAAUUGCCUGUAGCUGCACUGUCCUAUAGCACAUGACGGUGCCUCUUUGAUUAACAUAAUAUCUUUAUAGAACAAUUCAUCUAGAUUUCUCCAUGAAGAAGGAAGUCAGAAAGCCAAGCCUUUACAAUUUUAUAUUCUGUUUCUCAGGGUGGCAUACUAUAGAAUUACAACAAUGCAUUCUAAACAGUGCAGUUGUAAUUACAAUAAGAGCAAAAUAACUGCAACUGCUCAACAACAACCAUAAAUUCCAUUCCAGUUGUAUUUUUUAUUUUGUACCGUGUUGAUUUUGUGCACUGUGUUGAUUUUGCAGAAAGCUAGGUACAGAUUCAUAUUCAUGAAUCAUGAUAACAUUAAAAGGACUUUCCUCCUUAGGAAGGAAGGAAAGAUAUAAAUGUAAUUACUAAGUAAAAUGCCUAAGAUUAAAAAAAAACUAAAAUAAAAAAACCAAUUUCCUAGUGCCUGAAAGAUACCAGUGCAGGUGCCAGGCAAACCUCCCACAGGAGGAUGCCCUAAAGGUAGGAGUUUGAGGCUGUUCUGCCUUUUAUGAGAUGGACAGUUGCCAGGGAGGCUCACUUUUGCUAUUGAGUCAUGAUUUAUUGUAUACCCCAAUUAGUUAGGAUUUGACCCGGUGCACAUCUGCUGGAGAGAUAACGUGCUCUGCAAGAUGGCAUGUUAUGGCUAGUGCUGUGGGAAGGUAGCGAUAAUGUAGCCGGCUUUCCUGAUUCCUCCUCCACACUGAUUAUUACAGGCAAAAGACUACAUGGCCCUGCUUUGCUGCCUCUGCCCUUUGUUCUAUAUCUGGGCUGAAUACAAAAGCGGAUGCUGUUGUACAUAAUUACAGGUGCUGUCUCACAUACGCUUCGAGAGAUUGCUUUGUUUUUAUCCAGGUAGGCUGUAUGCCUGCCAGUCUGGCCACAUUUUCUCGUUGAGAGUUGGAGAAUGAGAUUCAAGGUUAUAUAUUUCUUGUUGGUAGAAGUGUUCAAGCAUCAGUGGGGGCAAUACUUGUGCAUUCUUAUAGUCCAAUAUUUAAUUGAUAUUCCUAGGGUUGUUUUUGUUUUGUGGUUGAACGGGUGUUCGGGAAUAUCCAGCAGUCUCAAAGUUCUGUAUCAAACAUACCAUUUAAUAUUUCAUUUGAAUGUUCUUUUGCAUGAGUAGAACGCUGAUUGCAGAUUGAUUAAUUGAUUUAUUUAAUAUCCUGCCUUUCUCCUGAACCAGGACUUGCUUACAAACAAAAAUAGAAGACACAGAUAAAAUGGAAAAGCCCAAACCUAAAAGGAUUAAAACAAUAUAAAAACAGAGCCAUUAAAAAUACAUAGAAUCGUGGAGUUAUAUGGUCGGAAGGGACUUGAUCAUUUAGUCCAACCCUCUGAAAUGCAGGAAUCCUUUGCCCCAUAGUAAGGACCAAAUCUUCAACCCUCAGGUUGCUUUAUUGACUGAGCUAUCCCAACAAUAAAAACAUCACAGCACCAUCCCUUUCUUUAGGGACAGUCAGUUCCUAAAGAUUUGUUGGAAUAACAAGGUCUUCACCUGCUGGCAGAAAGAGAACCUGACGGAAGAAGUCUAGCUUCUCUAGGGAGGGAGUUCCAGAGUAUGGGAGCAGCCACCAAAAAGGCCCUCUCCUUCAUCCCCACUGAGUGUGCCUGUGAGGCGGGUGGGAUUGAGAGAAGGGCCUCUCCCAAAGAUGUCAGAGCCCAGGCAAGUUUGUGUGGGAGAUAAUGUCCUUUCACAUAGCCUUAACUUGGUUGCAGCGCAUCAGCAGUCCCUCCCAGCCAUUCUUUGCUGCCAUAAUUGCAGUUCUCAUUAGAGGUUGGAGGCAGGUUGAGGCUUGGACUUUGUGCAUGAAGGAACUGGUACUCCAGUUUGAAACAAGAAAAUGUUGAUAGGUAGACAGUGCAGGGCAGCUCAGCUCAACUGGUGGUGGUAAUCAACAGAGGGAAGAGAGCUUCCCGGUAGGCUGUUGCCUGCUGUCCCUCUCAAUCUGAGACAAUAGUGUUUAUUUCAUUUACAAAAUGUAUAUACAGUGGUACCUCGGGUUAAGUACAUAAUUCGUUCUGGAGGUCCGUACUUAACCUGAAACUGUUCUUAAUCUGAAGCACCACUUUAGCUAAUGGGUCCUCCCGCUGCCGCCGCGCCGCCGGAGCACAAUUUCUGUUCUCAUCCUGAAGCAAAGUUCUUAACCCGAGGUAAUAUUUCUGGGUUAGUGGAGUCUGUAACCUGAAGCGUAUGUAACACGAGGUACCACUAUAUUGCUUUCUUAUAGCCAUAAGAAAAGCUCUUAAGUUUACAUAUAAAUUAUCAGUGAAAAACGGUUAGAAAUUGAUAUUUUAAAACAGUCAAAAGAUUUUUAAAGUCAACCAGUAGCUAAAAAGAGAGAAAAUACAUGUAGGUGCUUCUACAUGUCUGGAUAGACUUGCCUGAACAAAAAUGUUUUAAGCAGGCACCUUUGCUGUAUUCUGAAUUAUACUUAAUAAUAUUCCUGAAAUAAUACUUUUAAAGGGCCUGACAUUUUUAGGAUGGAAGAAAGAAAAAAAGCACAGAAAGUUUGUCCCAAACAUUGUUCGUCCCAAACGUUGAACUUGUCUGGUCUUUUAACAUGCUACUAUGUUAAUAAUAAAUUUUAAUAAUAAAUUUUAUUUAUAUCCUGCCCUCCCCAGCCGAAGCCGGGCUCAGGGCGGCUAACAACAAUAAAAUAGUACAACAUUCUGAAAACAUUUCAUUAUAAAAAUUAAUUAAAAUCAAAUUGAUGGCAACCAUUAAGCUAAAGUUCUGUGGAGAUUGCCAGAGGAGGGAGUCAGGCUGCGCCCUGACCAAAGGCCGGGUGGAACAGCUCUGUCUUGCAGGCCCUGCGGAAAGAUGUCAAGUCCCGCAGGGCCCUAGUCUCUUGUGACAGAGCGUUCUUCCUGGGAGAAGCGAUGUGCAGCCCCUCAUGAUAGCUUUUUGUUCUUUGGCUGAUAGUGGUAGAGUAAGCUUCUGUUGCGCUCUGUAUCUCAGUGCAAGCAACAUUUGGGAGCCAAGUAUUCUUGUGGGCAAAGACAGGGGAAGCCAGUGCCAGUCAGCUGCUGCUGCUUCUGGGUGAGGCCCGGCAGGUCUUCCCCUUGCAAUGACAUUUAUUACUGGGAGGCAAGAGUGGAUCUCCGCGUGGUUCCUUAGUUUGCUUCCCUACAGCUUUGCAGUCCCAGGAAAUGUUAAAUGUCCUUUUUUUCAGUCCCCAGCUGACCAAUGCUUAAAUCAAAUUUAUUGCGUUUCUGUUCAAAACAUAUACCAAAACUCAUAGUUUAGCCCUCAUGCUGUAUAAUUUAAUCGGUGAUUAGUGUAUAGAGUUUAAAUGGGGUAUACAAGGAAAUGUUUUAUCAAAUUGUCAUGUCGGGCUAACCUUCUUUCCUACAUUCUCAUGGAAGCGGUUACUUUAGCUGCUUUUGUGGGGCUUUUCUUUUGUUUAAUUCUGAAUAGCUGUUCUAUACUUGCAGAUAAAAUUGAGCUGCUUAGUCUAGUCUCUUGAUAAUCUAAUAAAACAAUAUUGGUCAAAGAUUAUAUUAACACAGCUGCACUUUUAAAGAACUUCUUUGAACUUAAAAUGGUGGUUCAAUGAUCACAAAUUGGUAAUACAUAUUCAGUCUCUAUUAACAAAUAUGCAGCAAUAUGAAAAGAGAUAUACAGUGGUACCUCGGGUAACAUACCCUUCAGGUUACAGACUCCGCUAACCCAGAAAUAGUACCUUGGGUUAAGAACUUUGCUUCAGGAUGAGAACAGAAAUCGUGCUCCGGCGGUGCGGCGGCAGCAGGAGGCCCCAUUAGCUAAAGUGGUGCUUCAGGUUAAGAACAGUUUCCGGUUAAGUACAGACCUCCGGAACGAACUAAGUACUUAACCCGAGGUACCACUGUAUUGAAACCCUUUUGACGCCUUUGACUUUGACUGUCGUAAGAGGAACUGUAAUGUUUUGUGGUUCUAUUCUGACACUGCUGGGUUUACUUGCUGUCAUAAUUGUGCGGCAAAUUAUGCUCCCAUGAAGUGUUUGUCCUUGUUAGAUGUUGCUGUUGUAUAUUUUCUCUGUAUGUAUUAGAGAAGAGCCCCUUUCUGUAUUCUGUUGAGUUUAAGCUUAGUUCUAAGCAGCCAGAGAUACGUUGCAAUUCAGUCACUAUUUCAGACAGUCUGUGCUUCUGUUGAUCCACAGUGGGAUUUUAUUUUUUUAAAGUCAUCUCGCUCUUUCAUUACAUCCUCAGGUCUGUGGCUUGACUUUCAUAACAAUAGCUGACCUUUCCAAUUGUAAUAAUGUUCUUAAGUAAAACAGUACUCAGCACUGUAUAAGAAGUAAUCCCACGCCGACAUGGCAGAGUAAAUAAAUAAAAGGCAUCAGCAUGUACCUUGAUUGUGCACAGACUAAAUAGUGAUAUAUUAGAAAGAGCACACUUUUUCUCAGUUGAGUAGACAAGACUGUCUUCUGUUUAGAGAGAUCCAUGGCUGCAGCUCCCCAAGGUCCCCAACAGAUACUGUUGGUUGGCCAUUGUUUUGAACUGCUGCUUUGCCAUGUUCUUUUCCAAUGUGAGCAACCUUGCACAAAAAUAGAUGUUGAGUGUUGUGGUGUACUUUACAGAAGGAAGGUUUUUCUACCCUGGACUAAACUAUCAGACAUCCUGGCCCUCCAAUCAAUAGCCUCAGUGCAAAAAUAUGCCAAGAGUCAGUAACAUGCCACCUUGGCUUUUGACAACCAACCCCCCCACCCCCCCAAAAAACCAUGUGCGCCCUCCAACAAAUCCAGGAGCAGAUCCCAUAAAAACUAUACCCAGGAGGGUAUAGUUCAGGGGUGUCCAAUAGGUCAAUCACAAUCUGAUUGGGGGGGUCUGGGGUUGAUCGUGGUCAGUUGUGGGACCUGCCACCCACCCCAAAAAAACCUUAAAAACUUUGGUCAAUUUAAUGGAUAUACCACUGCCAGUUUUUUUAGUAGAUUGCAGUCUCUUGAAAGUUGGACAUGCCUGCCAUAGUUGUUCAUUCAAGGCAACUGUCCUGACUUACAUAUAUUGCCUAAAAUUAAAGGAGAACAAGAUAUAGAAUACUAAAUGGGCUUUUAUAGGUUAAUACUCAACUUUGGUAGGGAAAUCUAACUCUCAGACCUCUGUCUUUUUCUCACAGGUACGGGAAACACUGUGGCCAUUAUGAUUAGCCAUUCAAAAGGCAUUGAAAUCCUCCGUAGGCUGGAACAAGGCUACCAAGUGACCAUGGUUAUUGAAGUGGGGAAAAAACACGGAUCAUGGAUGAAUAACUACUCCAUCUUCUUUGUUUCUGUGUCUUUCUUCAUCGUCACAGCAGCCACUGUCGGGUACUUUAUAUUCUAUUCUGCAAGGAGGCUUAGACUUGCAAGGGCCCAGAACAGGAGACAGGUGAGUUUCUCAUAUGCAUUCUUCACUGGAGAGUCUGGAUGUGCCAAUUUACAUAGCAAAAUCAACACUGGCCUUCUGAUGUAACACUGACAUAACAUAUGCUAAGUGCUCCAGCAUGCUAUAGUUGAUCUUGCUUUAGCAGCUGAGGCCCUACAGGCAAUGUUCUGGACUUAUGGAUGUCUCAGUAAUAGUCCCUCGCAGGAUGGCAGAAGGAUGCCUCUGAAUUCCACUUGCUGGGAAUCUCUGAUGCACACAUGUCAUCGGCCUUUGGUUCAAUACUGAGAACAGCAUGCUAGACUAGAUGGGCCUUUCGUUUGACCCAACAGGGCAUUUUCUGGGCUUUAUUGUCCCAGUAUUUUUGCUCUCACUUGCCUCUGCUUGUUAGUAGACACUGGUUCUCUCACAGCCUCAUGUUUAUGGCGAAAUGUACCCCCCUACUCCUCAAGACAUGUGAAGACAUUUGCUAAAGCUUACUUUUCUCAGGUGUGUAGAAAACGCUGGGUUCAGGGGGUCAGUUGCUGCUGUUUAUCACAACUCACUUCUGCCAGCAUGCUACAUAAAAUCUAUGCUAAGAUUAAUCAUGGUUCCAUGAGCCUUAAAUGGUGGAUUCACCUCUUUAUAUGCAACUUAAGAAGGAGGCUUGAAUCUCAUUAACUAAACAAGUUAGCUCUGUUCUGUGAUGUUUACACAUUGAGAGUGUUGUCUUGGAUUUUCAAAGUCUAUGCAGGGAAUUGCUAAUUAGUCUAGUAGUCUCUCUAGAGCUCUUUAUCACCCAUGCAAAGCCCAGUAAGCAAUGUGGAUACAAUAUAUAAGCUGCCUCCCAGUUUCCCAAUCAGCUGUGCUUCUAAUAAAUAGAUGGUUUAAAUACUUGAUUGAAGUUCCUUAUAUGGAAAGUGAAUUCUUCAUAUAAUGUGAUUCUGGGUGCUCCAAGGGGUAAAGGUAAAGGGUAAAGGGACCCCUGACAGUUAAGUCCAGUCGCGGACGACUCUGGGGUUGCAGCGCUCAUCUCGCUUUACUGGCCGAGGGAGCCGGCCUACAGCUUUCGGGUCGUGUGGCCAGCGUGACUAAGUGGCUUCUGGCAAACCAGAGCAGCGCAAGGAAACACGGUUUGCCUUCCCGCUGGAGCGGUACCUAUUUAUCUACUUGCACUUUGACGUGCUUUCAAACUGGUAGGUUGACAGGAGCUGGGACCAAACAACGGGAGCUCACCCCAUCGCGGGGAUUCGAACCGCCAACCUUCUGAUUGGCAAGCCCUAGGCUCAGUGGUUUAGACCACAUCACCACCCGCAUCCCGCUACAAGGGGUAGGAUGUGACAACCGGGAAUGCCUAUUGUAGUUUUAUAGCUACUUGACGAUAGCAAGUAAGGACUGCCACUGGGCAUGGGAACAUAUGGAAAGUUUAUUUGGGGGCAUCAAUAAAGACUAGCAAUUAUUGCAAUAUACUUUAAUUUAUAUGCAAAAAGUUCCAGGGAAGAUAGGGGAAGGAAAAUUGAUUAGGACAUCAAUCCUAAUCCAGAGGUACCCACAGGCCCCCAAAAGUUGACAAGCCCAGUCGUUUAUCUUGGACAAGGGAGGUUAGCUUGAUCACUGAGAGGUGAUAGGGAUGUGAAGUACUUAGACUACCUCCUACUAAUUUUUGGACUCCUUUGCCUAUAAAGGCACCAGUAUAGGAAAUGUACUAGUGGUUUCAUUUGGCUUUUCUUUCUGCAUCUCCACACCUCUAUUCUACUGAAAUCUGAAUGCUUAUGGUAGAUUUCACUGCUACAACUGCAUAACAGUUUCUUUUGUAUGCCUAGCAUUAUCAUGAUGAGAGGCUGAAAGGGAUAAAAUAUUCCCACUUAUUUUGUGUUUCUUUAGUAUUUCCUAGCUAGUCUGCAUAUUCUGUGUUGGUAAUUAAGUUCCCCUCUCAAGCAUUCUAUUCAUGCAAUAUCUAAUGUGGGAAAUAGAAACCACAACAGGGACUAGAGUUCUUGCUUGGCAGAUGAAAUUUACACUGUUCAGGCUUCCUGAUUUUUAGACAGAGAAGGGUAUUUGCCUUGUGAUAAUUUUUUUUAACUGAUCAGUUUGGUCUGGCUGAAAAUAACCUCGUUGUAAUAAGCUCCUCUCUUGAAAAUCAAUUACCUUCUAACUUAUGUUCUUUUUUUAUAUAUGUAGGUAUCGAGCAGUCACCUACUCUUCAAGGGCUGUUAAUGAAUGCCUGGCGUUCUUUGAUGUGUUUUUGCCAGGAAAUGCUCAAACAGUAUCUUUUCAGUUACUGCAGGAGUAAGAGCAGCUGUUCCUGGUACCACAUCUUUCCAAUGAUAGGAGCCAAGGCCAAGUGUCCAAUUUGUAGUGCCCUCCCCAUCCUAAAUGGGUUGGGCUCCUCUUUGAGAGACAGCAGUGUGACCGACUGCAGGCAUCUACCAUUCAGGUUCUUCUAGUGCCUAAUUACAGCCUUUCCCUUGCUUCUUACCAACCUAGCUGAAAUAACGAGUUGUGAUGAUAAAUGAGUCGUAUUUGUGCAAAAAUGUAUUCAUUGUGGCUCAUCAGUAUUUAUAGCCUCCUAAAAGGAUGUGAAUCUUUAGGGCUCAUUAUGACAAUUAAUCUCUAAGUAAAUGAGAGACAAUUUCCAUUCUGCCACAUGCCACUGAAAGACUCUUCUUGUAUCAGGGAAGGACCUCAUCUUGUAUAUUCAGUUAAUGUUAGUGGCAAAUUUAAGCAGUGAACCCAUAGGUGAUUGGUUGCCUUUGUGUUUGCUUGUUGGCUUUUGGUUUUAGGAGAGGUGCUAGAAACCAAGAAGCAACUUGCAGGGAAGACUGCAUCAGCAUGCAUAUAGGAAUUUAUUUUGCAAAUAUCCUGAACACCUCAGCGCCUGCAUGUUUUGGAAACCUGUUGCCAGCAGAUCUUGUAGGCUUCCAAAAGCUCCUAAUAUGAUGCUCUUUCAAAUAUUGCUUACUAUUUCCUUGAAGCUUUUUGAGCAUCAGAUUAAUGAGGCUUGAGAACAACUUCCUUGUUCUUUUAGCAUCUUUUCCUGUUCUAUGGCUUGUGUCCGAUCAGAGCAGAUCUGGGAGUGGUUUGUGUCAGCUUUGAUAAAAGACUGGUGAGUUAGGCUGUAAGGCUGUAGCAUUCCUGGCAAUUAAGCAGAGCUUUGAUUGGAGCUGGCCUACUGAAACAGAAAUUGAGGACAAUAGGAGUUACUUGAUUAGCUUGCCUGUGCUCAUCUGCCAGUCUCUGUUGGCUGAGGAGGAGAAUGCCACCUAUCCAGUUUCAUUUCUGACAUUGUGGCAACUGUGACCCAGCCUAUUCCUCUGAGUGUAAUGUGCUUUAACUGUUUUAAAUUUUUACAUUGUUGUAAACACCCUACUACUGUACCUGCUGGUGAAGGGUGGGGCGAUAAAUUUAGUAACAAUUUCCUUAUCAGCUAAAUGGAAGAGAGUCACAAUAUUCCAGUUGAUUGGUGGCUAGGAUGCAUUUGUGCAUUUCAAACCAGACUCCAUGAUACUUGAGUAUUCCUGUCAUUAAGAGAAUAGAAAAGCUUGCAGCUUUCCAGAUUAGAUCAAAUGCACACGUUUCCCCUUUCCAAUUAGAAAUUGCUUCAAACAAGCUAAGGGCGGUGGGUGACUUUGUUUAACUGAUAUACAGGCUUAGUUCAACACACAGUAGAGACUUGCAAGAGUGUGAUUGCAAGCGAAUGACUGGAACAAAAAGAUCCUGUUUGCAUCUGUUUUGUGUAUAGCCAACAAGAGGUCAAUGCAAGGAAUAUUAGAGAUUCUGAAACAAGUGUGUGUGGGGGGGUGUUCAGUCUCCACAGGACUUUUUAAUACUUUAAUGAGAAGUACUUUCUGAAAACAUUGGAAUUGUGUUUGAGAACUUUGAUGUCCUUUAGUCUUUAGAGGCAAGCAAGCAUUGCCUGCUAAAUAAACUCCAAUGUUCUUUAGGAAUGCUAAAUAAACACUUCAGUUAAACAUCCAUGCAUAUCUUGGCUCAUAAUUAUCUUCCGGUUGCCACUGUUAGGCAAGAGUUAUCCAUCUGCCUAUGGAAACACCUCAUUCAACGUUAAUGAAUUGUGUAGCAGUUGGUGUUUAUAGAUUUUUAUGGGAGAGCAGGUUUCGUGUUGACCUAGUGCUUGUCUGUUACAGAGACGGCUGAAAGCAGAUGCCAAAAAAGCCAUUGGACAGCUUCAGUUACGUACACUGAAGCAGGGAGACAAGGUAAUGUAACUGAGAGAAAGUGGUUCAUGGUGCUCUGGAUGGGGUUGCGCUUCUACUGAUGGAACAAUUUGGCAGGUUCUCAGGCCUGUCACCUUCUUUGAGUGCUCGGCUGUUGGCAGUGGCCUGUAGACCCUUCUACCAACUCUGUACUACUAUUCUGCUUUUGGCCUCUCCAAAGACUAACUUACCUCCUUUGGCCUCUCCAAAGACUAACUUACCUCCAUUAACCACACUUUAGUUUCUUCCAGAACAGACAACUUCAAUGCUUUCCCCAUAAGGCAACCUUUAAAAACAGCCCAACCUUCAGCUACUCCAAAAUAUAGCAGCCAGACUUGUGUCUCUCUCCCCGCCCCACCAAGAUUUUUAUUAAAGUUUUCACAAUACAAUAAAAUAGUACAGUCAUACCUCGGUUUACAGACGCUUCAGGUUGUGCGAUUUUGGGUUGCGCACCGUGCCGAACCUGGAAGUACUGGAACAGGUUACUUCCUGGUUUCAGCGCAUGCGCAGAAGCGUUUUGCUCAUGCGCAGAAGCGCUGAAUUGCAACCUGCACAUGCGCAGACACGGUGCUGUGGGUUGCGAACGUGCUUCCUGCACAGAUCACGUUUGCAACCCGAGCGUUCACUGUAUCUGGAACAAAUAGAAUCAAAAAGACAAGAAAGAAAGGAGAAAGAGAACAGAAAAAGAAAAGGUGGGGCGGACAGAACAGAGAGAUAAGAAACAUAGACAACACCAGUAAUGAUAGUAGUAGUAGUAAUAAUAAUAAUAAUAAUAAUAAUAAUAAUAAUACACAAAAUUAUAUGUAUAUAGCCCUCUAUCAAAAUUAUACCUUAAUCUUCAGUCCACAUACAAAGAAGUGAGUUGUGUCUGGCACCAUCAAUUGGAUUAUAUAGUUCCAGUCCCAUAUUGUUUGAAGGUUUCCUGUUUCUGAGCUCAAUUUAAAGUGCUUGUCUUGGCCUUUAAAGCCCCUAAAUUGUCUUAUUGUUGUUGUUGUUUAGUCGUUUAGUCGUGUCCGACUCUUCGUGACCCCAUGGACCAGAGCACGCCAGGCACUCCUAUCUUAUUAGGGCCUAGCUAUCUUAAGGACCCUCUGUUCCCAUGCAGACUUGCUAGGCAAGGUGUAGGGAACCUUUGGUCCCUCCAAAUGUUACUGCACUACAAUUCCUCCCAUCAGCCCCAGCAAGCAUUGUUAAUGGCUAGAGAUAAUGGGAGCUAUAUUCAGCAACAUCUGAAGAGCCAAAGGUUCCCCACAUACCAGAUCUUAAGAUCAACUUUGAGUUUCUUUCUCCCUGUCCCAUCAUAUUGGGAUGUCUGUUGGGAGAACAUGAAAGACAAAAACUGUCAGUGGUGAUGCCACAGUGCUCUUCAACCUAGGAUAGCCAGAUGUUGCUGGGCUAAAACUAAUCAUCACUCACCCAUUGGCUAAACUGACUGGGGAUGUUGGGAGUUGUAGUUCAACAUCUGGAGACUCAAGCCUGAACAUGCUCUAGAAUAUCCUGCUGAAAAUCCGUGCACAUUCUCUGACCUACCUUCACAGUAAUUUGGAAACUUCAGCAAGUAGCUAGUGUUUAAUAUUCUCCUGUUGCCACGUUUGCAUUUUAGGUUGCUGCUUUUUAGUUAUGGUAACAUUUUAAAUCUCUUGGGAUUUUUAAAAAAAUAAUUUUUGUUCUACUUUUCUUAUUCUGUGAAGCUCCUCUGAGUGCCCCAUAGGUAUAAAACUGCUUACUUAGAACUCCCCUUGGUCUUAAAAUAUUUUGUUAAUCCUAAUGACAUUCCUAAUAUAAUCAUGCAGAAAUUGUUUGUUUUAUAAUACAGAAAGAUUAAUAUCACACUAGGUCAGUUUGUGACCCCUCUUUAUCCGCAGCAAAGAGAUGUUUUUGUAGCCAUGAAUUUCCCAAAUAGGUAUAAAAGGAUAAGAGCCUGUUAAAACUGCUUUGCACAUUUUUAAACGCCGUUGAAUAGUCCUUACUUAAAGGUUGGGUGGAAAUGAUAGACAACAUUUAUAGUUUGUUUGGAGGAGGAACACUGAAAGGCUAUGCUUCAACUUUGGCUUUUUGCAGUAUUUUUAUAUUAGACUGAAUUCUACAAGACUGCAAAAGUAAAAUAGCUUUGAUGGAAUAGAUUCCAUUACAUAUAUUUUGGUCUUCUUUUUUGCUAAAGAUAUUGUAGAUAUUGUUGUCUUGUAGAUUGUCUUGUAGAUAUUGUUACCCUUAACGCUCUGGAGAUAAAAAGCAAAAAUGUAUUCUUAAAACUCACCACAACUGUAGAAUAGUAUUUUGGAAUACUGCAAGUCUAGUGUUCCACUCCCUGUUUUGUGACUACCACACUUGCUAAAUGCUAUCAUGCUUGUUUAAAACAAAGGUCUCUAACAAGGAUGUUUUUUUUUCCAUUUCUUUAGGAAACCGGUGCUGAUGCUGAUACCUGUGCUGUGUGCAUUGAAGUGUACAAGCCAAAUGAUGUUGUGCGAAUUUUAACGUGCAAGUAGGUUAAUUCCCCACCCCCCAGUUACAUUCUCAUGCUAAAACAUUCUGACCAUUUUGUCAUGUCUGUCUUCAUCCCUCUUUAUAUACACUGAAGUUGUAAAGGCUUUUAUUUAUUUUAUUCCACUCUUCAGAUGAGCAGGGUUAGUGUUAACUUUCCAAAGCUGUAGAUCAGUGGGUGCUGCCAACAUGUUGUUCUCUAGAUGUUGUGGACUACAACUCUUACUCUUCAGUGAACAUAGUUAGAACCCACAACAUCUGGAAAGCAUCGCAUGGGCCUCCCCUGCUCUCAAUCAUGUUCUUCUGCCAGGAGAGCCAGGAAGUAAAUGCAAAAAGGUAGGAUUGUGAGGGCUUAUUUCAUACUGUAUUUCAUACUGUAUUUCUACAGCUCUCAAGUUGGGUUUGCACAGGAGUCCAGUUAUUUGCUGGCAUCAUUGGGCGUCUUCCCAAAGGAGGAUUCUUAUAGGUGUGAUGUUUAUGGCAGUUCAGGAACUUCCUUUAUUGUAUCUCCUGUUGAAACCUAGCUUCUAAAACACAAUGAUGAAAAUUUCCAGCCCAAAUAAUCUUUCAGGCAAGCCAGAUAGCUUUGCUGCCAGAGGCAUUUAUACUACAUAGCAGCUUGUCUGUAGCUCAAGGCAUACCUUCAUUUUAUGAGUAGCACAGGGUUGCUGACUCAGGGAUGCGCAUUGUGGAAAAAGUAGUAAAAGUUCACCUGAACCCCUGUUAAUCUUCUUUUUCCCAUUUGCUGCUGGCAGUUUGUGAGUAGGGAAGGAAAAGUAUGAUGGUGGUGGUGAUGACUUCAUAACUUUAGACACCAGAUGAAAACAUUGCCCUUUACCCAGGCCUUCGGCUGUUAAACAAUCUAUGGUCUUUUAAAAGGGACUGUUAAAAUUUUUUCUAUGAUUUUAAAAAAUUAUUAUUACGCUAUGUAAAUUAUUACCUGGGAUCUUCAGAUAAAGGGUGGUAUAUAAACUGAAUAAACAACAAACACAACAACUUUUACUGCACUUUACAGAUGGAACCUGAUUUAGCUAACUUGACAAUUUACCUGCUAGCUUUGCUCUAGCUACUUGGUUUACAGCUGCCUGAUUUACUAUCAUGCUUUAAUUCCAAGACCUUGAAUGUUUUCAAAGGAUUAAGGCUUUAAGCUUUUAAAAGGAACCAAGGAUUAUAUGAGCAGUUGGCUUUGAGCAAUGAUGUUGCAUCUCUGGUGUAUCGCAGCAACAAUUUGAUGCAGCGAUAGGGCACAAGGCCUUGGCUGAGUAUGUUUAAAAGAACUGGCAGAUGUGACAUUGAUGGGGGUGAGAAUUAAGGCAGCAGAUUGGUGGUUAUACCAAAACAAGAAUCAAAAAACCUUGAGCGCACUCAAGAAUGGUAAAUAUUUUAGCUGCAAAUUCAUAAAAGAAAACUUGCUUCAAUUGUUUGGUAAUUUUUAAUUAAGUAAAAUUUUCACUAACAAAAUUACCAUAUGUAGAAAAGAGAGCUUUUAAAUAGUGACAGAUAUUAUUUGUUUCCUAGAAUUUGUAAACCUGCCCCUGUAGCUACUGGCCAACUCAGUAACUUCCACACUCUGUUGAGCACACUAGCCUGCCACAAGAGUGUUGUAGCAUUCUCUUCCUUCCAGUCAGCUAAGGUAGUUCUACUGUGUGUCUGCAUUGGAUGCCACUCAAUCAUUCUGUCACUCCCUGUGCAGUGAUGUGGCAGUAUUGCCCACCAUGAGAAGGAGGCAUGCCUAGAAAAUGAGUAAUGCAGACACAGAACGACUGAACUUGUUCUUUCUCUUGCACAUUCCACAAGUAAAAGUUUUUGGGUGUUAGUGUGCCUCUGCUAUCAAAAGUUCAGGAGUACCAUGUUACUCACUGAGACGAACCAUGUCAGCAAAACCAUACCCUGUGGCAAAGUGUAUGACUUGUUGCACAUGUCUUGAAUGACUUCUGCACUCCCUUUAAUCAGGUGCAUGCACAUAAACGAAAUCUGAAAGAGACAAUGUUUUUAACGGAUUAGCAGUUCAUGCGUAGUAUUUGUAAAAAAAAGUAGCUAUACAUUAAGGCUGCAUUACACUUUUUCAGUGCUUAGAAAAUGACCAUGGCUUCACAUCUUGACAACAUGUGGAUAGCUCGGUGGAAGCCUCUGACGGGUGGAGAAAUUGUUAAGAUGCUCUGAUGCAAGUCAGCCCGUUUGCAUAUUACUGAAGUCCAUUUUCUCCUAGCAUUCUGCAUGUGCUAUUUUAGUCCUGCUCCGAAAGUGGGGACUAAAGACAGAUUAACCACCUUAAACGGCAGACAGAUUAAUAUCAAAACUGAAAUGGAAACCGGCAAACUCAUGAACACUCCUGCGCGCGCACACAGGGCUAAUUUUCAAAAGCAAAACCAUUUUCUUCAGGCGCACGGAAUGCCAUAAAGAGGAACCAGAGAAGAGGAGCCUGCAGUGGCAUUCUGUAGCUCUGUGGUAUCAGCUGAGAGUCUACAAGGGUGGGAAGCUGAAUAGGGAAGUAGAAUGUAGAAGUAGUCCUCUGUAGUUCCCUAGUGGUGGGCUGCCCUACAUCUUUGUCUCUGCUGUCUCUGGGUGAGGAGUGGCUCUCCCAAGUGCUGCUGAACUACAGCUCCCAUCAGCCAUAGCAAGCAUGGUGCGUGGCCAGGGAGAAUGGGAGUUGAAGUUCAGCAUCAUUUGGAGGGUCAGAGGUCCCUUAUACUUGUUCUAGGUCUUGUCAUACAGACAUGCAGACACUCAAAACACCCUCCUGUGAGCACACCCUCCAUGUGAGCACACAGAGCCCUUUCCCUACUCGGAGCCAAAGUUUCCCAUCAAGGUUCUGUAUCAACAAGUUUGCAUCCUAGCUACGCAUGUUUCCCCACUUCCCCAAAAUUCCACAAAGCUUGUGCAGUUUCUUUUCUCCCAAUAAGAUGCUGCUGUAUCACUAAAAGGCAAACGCUUCAUGGUUUAGUGUUUGUGUGGCUUAGGGUAUUUACCUGAGGUUCUGGGCCACUCCUGAACAAUGUCAUUCGCUUCAAACUUCUUCUUUUUCAGCAAGCACUGUUUUACUGUAACCUGCUGAGUCACAUUACAAAUAUUUGUUUUCCUUUUCAGUCAUCUCUUCCACAAGAUGUGCAUUGAUCCUUGGCUGCUGGAGCACAGGACAUGCCCCAUGUGUAAAUGUGACAUACUCAAGGCACUGGGAAUUGAGGUACCUCUGCAGUUCCUGCUUAAGAAUCAUGUGGCUUGCUGCUGCUUCUAGACAGGAGGCGGCAGCUUAACUGAACAUUUGGCUGCUGUAGUAAGUUUGUGAAGGCAUUUGGGCCCAAUGAAAGGUGCAGUGAGACAAAUUCCUCCACCACCAAUUUACUAAACAAAAUAUGCAUAUUUCAUAUGCAUCUCCUCAUUGUGUUCCAGGCUGGCUUGUCAGCACUGAGCAACUUUGCGUUAUUUCUUUAUAUACUGCCCAAAACAGUUUCUAAGUCAUUUACAGCCAUAAAAUCUAUAUAUAAUUAAUACAUUUGCAGCUACAUUGUGGGGCAUUAAAACAUCCCAACUUUUGCAAAGCGCUUAACAGCAGCGAUACAUGAAAAGGGUGGGAGGAUAGCUGGCAGUUAGAAAUAGUGGCAUCUUUACAGUAGUGGCUCCCUGACAUUAAGUCUGUGUGAUGCAGGUGGAUGAAGAGGAGAGAGCGGAGUCUCUCCCAGCCACUGUCUCCAACGAACCCUCUAACAUGCCUUUGCACACCGAUGAGGAGAAUCCUAGUGAGACAGGAUCAUCUGGAUAUGCUUCUGUCCAGGGGAAUGACGAGCCGGUUCAAGAGGAAGUGGCCCCUUCAGAAAGUAAGUAUUUUAAUGGCUGUACAGUAGCACUUCUGAGUCUUAUGUUUUUAUGGUAACAUUAAACAACAGUACAAAGUACAAUGCAAUGCAGAGCAAUUGUGCACUUCAUAUCACUAGUAAUUGCAUACUUCACUGUUCCAAUCAUAAAGGACAUGAUUUAUUUAUUUUUAAAUUAUCUGCACUGGAGUGUGAACCCUAAGCUUUUGCAGGCAUGCGUUAAAAAUGAUGAAGAAAUACUAGUGUUUGCUGCCACCUUCUGGAGGUUCACAUCCAGUAAACUCCAGUGUAUUCUCUUCAGUCCUCCAACAUGAGCCUUGGAGCUCUUCCCUUUUUUAGCAGAUUGUGCCCACUUAAAAUACUUCAUUGCUGACAAAAAUACUGCAUUAAGGUGGCAGGGUUACAGCUAAUGGUGGUACUACUCAAAAAGUUGCCUGGUUAUAUACGCACCUGGGAAAAUGAUUAAAUACUGAUUCUACAUCGCAAGUACAGUGGUACCUCUGGUUACGAACUUAAUUCGUUCCGGAGGUCCGUUCUUAACCUGAAACCGUUCUUAACCUGAGGUAUCAUUUUAGCUAAUGGGGCCUCCCACUGCCACUGCACCACCAGCGCAUGAUUUCUGUUCUCAUCCUGAAGCAAAGUUCUUAACCUGAGGUACUACUUCCGGGUUAGCGGAGUCUGUAACUCGAAGUGUUUGUAACGCGAGGUACCACUGUACAUAAAAACAGUCAGGGGUCAAGUUUCUUCUAUUGUUAGUUAACUUUGUCAUACUCAUGGACUCAAUGGACACAGAUGCUACAUGUGAAAUAUCUCAUAGGGUUUCCAAGCUGGUGCCGAACAUAUUGCUGUGCUUUCCUUUGGACCACAUCAGCGAGGCCAAGACAGGGGUAUUGUUGGCUGGGCAGCCCAGGACCUCCAGACAUACUGCCCAGACUUGCACCCCGGAGAGAUCACUUUGGUGCUGCAGUUUGACUUCACCCCCAGGGGCACAUUCCAUUGUCUCUAGAGGCAACAAUUCUAAUAUUGGCUUCAAUUUAGUUUUGUAUUGCUUUAAAGCUUCACAUAGCUAAGUAUUCUUUUUUAAAAAAAACAAAAACUUGUACUCGAUACAGUGGUACCUCAGGUUAAGUACUUACCGUAUUUUUCGCCCUAUUGGACGCACUGGCCCAUAGGACGCACCUAGUUUUCAGGGGGGGAAAUCAAGGGAAAAAAUAUGAUUUCCCCCCCCCCCCCCCGCAGCUCUGGGAAUUCCCCCACCUCCCGCAAAAGCCCACAGGAGCCGUGCGCGACUCCUAUGGGCUUUUCGACCAGGAGGGAAAAGAGACUGAAAUGGCCAGUCAGUCCCUUCUCCCUCCUCGGGGAAAAGCCCCCAAGAGCGGCGCGCUCUUUAAAGGCUGUGCGGCUCCUACGGGCUUUUCUUCGAGGUGGGGGAAUUCCCCCACCUCCUAGAAAAGCCAGCAGAAGCCGCGGAGCCCCUUUAAAGAGUGUGCGGCUUUUGCCUGCUUUUGUAGGAGGUGGGGGAAUUCCCCCAUCUCCCACAAAAGCCCGCAGGAGGGUUGGAGAGUAGCGGGAAGGCGUCACACGCCUUUCCGCUGCCCCCCAUCCUCUGGGGCUGGCGAUGGGGGAAGCGCUGCUUUCCCCCCUGCCAGCCUCCAACCCGGGUCGGAGAGUAGCAGGAAGGUCUGUUCUUAACCUGAAACUGUUCUUAACCUGAAGAACCACUUUAGCUAAUGGGGCCUCCUGCUGCCGCUGCGCCGCCGGAACAUGAUUUCUGUUCUCAUCCUGAAGCAAAGUUCUUAACCUGAAGCACUAUUUCUGGGUUAGCGGAGUCUGUAACCUGAAGCGUAUAUAACCCAAGGUACCACUGUAUAUCCGUUGUUAAUUGGCUUGCCUCAGGCCCCUCUGGUGAAAUUUCAAUAGUGCUUGCUGCUCCUUCUCUGUGACACUUAUGCUCUACUAGCGGGCUUGCAACUUGUGGGGUGGAAAAGUGACAUGUUGCCAAAACAGAGCCCAAAUUGAAAGCUUCAGAAAAGAGCCAAUUUAGCAUAACUUCUUGGAACCGACUUUCCAAAGGCAUAGAAAUGUCUCAAAAAUAUAAACUUGGUAAGUUGUGAUUGAGUGGGAUUUUUUCCCCAAACUUAUUUCCCCCUCCCUUUCUUUGUAAAAGGUGAUAACCUGCAACUUGUGAACAACACAACUGAACCUCCACCUGUAGAUGUCCUUCCACACCUGGACAAUCCAGGUUUUGAGGCUGACGAAGGAGAAGUACGUGAAGAGAAAGCCUAAGCAGCUCUUGCAGCAUCUGCUAUCUACUUGACAUAACCAGCAUCAAACAACGACAGAACCGAUAAGACUGUUGUAGCAGCAAUUUUGCUUUGAUAUUGAGAUAAAUUUUUAAGGUUGCAAUUAAAUUGAGUGACCUGACCAUUUACUUAUUUUCUUGUGGGAUUAGUUUUAGUACUCUCGAGUACAGAUUUGUGAGGAAGUUUUUUUUUAGUGCAAACAAGGAAGACAGAAUCUUAACACAAAGCCAUUUGAGCUCAGCUACUUUUGAUACAGUAUAAUUUCAUUUGUUUCAUUUUGGUUUUGAAUUAGCUUGUUUUAAGUCUCAUAGUUAGCUUUCUUAUGAACGUAUGUUUUUAGUUAACUAGUAGGGCGUGUUCUUUUCAUUUUAAUGAGCCUAGGUUAAGUAUUUUUUUAUAUAUAAAACCACAAGAGUGGCCUUAUAGUCAGUGCAGCAUCUCUUGAUUUAUUAAAUUACUGGGACCAGUCAGAUGUACCUUUAAAAUAUAUCAGGAAUUUUCUGCACCUACUCUAUGGGAUUUGAGGGUUAAAAUUUGCAAAAAUGCUUGAGCUGUCCUUGACUAAAAAGUUAAGAUGCCUUUAAUCUGCACGUUAUACAGGAAAAAAAAAUAGCUACAUACAGUCGUACACUUCACCAAAGGUUACUGUGGACUACAAUUAACUGGUGCAAACACACGGGCGUAGCCCAGAAAUCUGUCCACUUUGGAUAUUGCUGCUUUUAGCCUUUAUGAAGGCUGAAGAUUUCUAACUCAGAGGGAAUUUUUGUUGCCAUUGUUCUGAAGGAACAGUUAAAUGAAUGUUCCCAAAUGGUGUUGGUCGGGUGAGAACAUGGCUAAGAUGGCAAUUACUGAAUGGGUGAACUUUUUGUUAUUAUUUUUUUCUGAUUUGUGAGACAGCAAUUUGGAUAUGAAGCUAAGUGGGGGGGUACUCAGGGUGCCUUAGGAUGGAGCGUGGAACUUCAUCCACUCAUCUGCUAAAGUGAAUAAUGCACUUUAUUGUUUAUUUUGCAUCUCCUGUGGUUCUGUUUCUAAUGGCUAGCACUAGCAGAAGUGGCCUUUUUUGUGUGUUUUUUCUCGUUUGUGUUUUUUUAACGUUUUGAUUUUUAACAGGAGAAAACAGUACAUUUCCCCUCCUCAUUUUUGCAUCAUGUUGAAUAAAGCUGUAAAUAUUUGAUUUCUAUUAAAAACAAGAACACCGCGUUGGAUACAAAAUGUAAAUGACGCUGUUCUAAUGCCCAUUUAGGAUGUUCCCUUAUUUUUGAUAAAUAAAAGCAGUUGUGUUAUAAGCA